AUGCUUGCCCUCAUAUCUUCUUUAAUAUGUAUAAGAUAUCCCAAUCCAGCUGCUGAUCUGUUACAAUGUGACUAUAGCAAUACUUACAGACCAUACACUCAAAACUAUGAUUACAGACUCCCAGAAGUAUAUACCUUUACUUUAAAAACAAUAAUAUGCAUAAGUGGUCCAUUCUUGAUUGAAGCAGAUGAAGAUAUUAAAGUAACUGUAAAGUUUGCCACAUAUAAUUCCAAAACAGGUUCCUUUGAUUACUCAUCUCAAGUCGUAUAUAACAAUCCCUUCUCUAUUCAAGGUGAUAAAUCGAAUAAAGGUGUACCUGUGUCAGUAAUUCAGUCACAGUCAGGUUUUUCUAUUAGUGGACAAAUUGUUGCACUUCCAGAAUCAACAAAAGGUGGAGAUGCAGAGCUCAUUUCUGUAUUUACAACAAGAGAUACAUUAUCAGAGAAAUUCCAUAUGAUUCUAAAUGAAGAUGAAGAUGGUCCAGGAUUCAAAAGGUUUUUAUCUAUAACAAGUUUCGGAAUAAAACAAAGGACACUUAAAAUGCUGAAAACAAAGUCAGAAUCUCCUACUCUUCUAUCUCAUAGCGGAACAGGUUAUUAUGGUUCUUCGGUUCAAGAUCAAAUUGUUGGUGGAGUUGCGUAUACAGUUAACACUAAUGAAGAUAAAAAUGCAGAAUAUUCAUUUGAUGACAUGUUUGACAUUACAUUGUCUUCAACUUCUUCAUCUGGUAGUAUUUCUAAUAAUUUAUUUGGAGAAGAUGUAUUUUAUGUACUUCCACCAGGUGCAGGUGCAAAAACAAAGAAACAAGUAGAGGAAUACACGAAAACUGCUGUAGUAUUUGGUACAGAUUAUCCAAAACCAGCUGGAAAAGAAUUUGACACAAGUGGCUGUCCAAGAUCAAAUCAACCAGAACAAAAACGAUUUCAACCAUCAAAAAUCCUUGAAAUUGGCCGCAAUUCAUACGCAUGCUUGUAUGGAGACUUCGUAUUCGCUUCCAAAGAUGAUUUCAUCGUUAACUCAAAGUUCAAAAAAGACACCAAAUCUUCAUAUGAACAAUUCAAGAACCCAUUUGUUAUCACACAAUACCAAGGUGAUACAAAACCUGUAAUCCACAAAGUUUUCUGCGCUGAUAAAAAUAAAAUCUGCAAAGUACAAGCUGUUCCAACUGUUCCAUCCGUAAAUGAUACAGAUCAUGCCUACCAAAUGAAGUCAAUUUUCACAACUAAAGGGCCAUUCACAGGUGAAUUCAACUUCAACAAUUCCAGGUAUAACACAACAAAGAUCGCAUUAACAAUCUUUAGUAAAAACAAUUUGAACAUUACCAUUGAAACUGAUCAUAGAUUAGUCAUUGGUCUCAUUUAUAAUGAAACAGAUGCAUAUGAAGAUACAUUGUUAAGAAAGCAUUUGCAGGUUAUAUCUGAUGCUUAUGAACGAAAACUUUCAAGAAUAAAUGAUCAUGCAGCAGGAAUGUUCAGAGUCAAGGCAACUAAAAUCAAAGAAAAGAAGAGCUCGGCUGAUGAAGAAGAAAGCUUCUUUGAAGAUGAUAUUUGGUACACAAUUCCUGCAACAGGAGGAGGAAGUAAUUUGACACAAGUAGAAGAAUACUCAAAACAAACUAAAGCAAGUAAACAUGUCGUUGGCGGAUUAAGUGGAGGAGCUAUCGCUGGAAUAGUCAUUGCUAUUCUUAUAGUUAUUGCUAUUAUUGUAGUUUUGGUUUUGUUCUUGGUACUAAGAAACAAAUCUUCAAGUAGUAACGAGAAAUCUGAAAAAGAGAUGGAAGAAAAGUCCGAAAAGAAACCUGAAAAUAAACCAGAAGAGAAGCAUGAAGAGAAGAAAGAAGAGAUGUCUGAGAGCAGUAGCUCUUCUAAGAGCAAAUCUAAGAAUGAACAGGAUAAUAAAGAACCUGAAAAUAUGAACACCAACAAUGUAGAAACAAAAGAAAUGCUUUAA